AUGCCUCUAUCGCAGCCAGGCUCGGCAGAAAAAACGAUCCGCAAAAUCGAUAUCGCCCAGGUUUCUCUUAGUCUGCAGGAUCGAUUGGGCCUUGCCAAACUCAAGUACCAACACGGUCGAUUGCAUGGCCUGAACCCGAACCAACAGGAUGGCAGGCCCGUUCUCGAGAGUGACAAGCCUUCUGACUCUUCAUCCGAGUUCUCACGCAGUCGUUGCGAAACCCCCUUCACCUCCCCUCCCCUCCAAGCCUCCACCUAUUCCAAGGAACUUCCUCGAUCCGCCCGCAAUAAACAUGCUGCCACCUUCAAUUCUCGAGUCAUGCAGCCCAUGCUGUCUGCCAGUCGAAAGCGUCUACGAUCUGACUCCGAUUCUGAACGUCCUGCCAAGGCACCCCGGGUCUCGUGGAAGAGUUCUUACCGGCUGCCCGAAUCCUCGCCUGGUAUGAACCGACACCGUCCGACCCGACGCACACAAGCCCCCUUCAUGUCCGAAGCCACAAUACCAGAAAUGUCAUCGCCUGUAUACCCUCGACCGUCGGAAGAGAUCGACCCCGACUUGCCGCUACACAGUUUUCAGGCCAUGAGCUCGGUCCCCCCAAACCAUGAGGAUGGCGCAGAUUUGCUCUUAUACCUUGCCAACUCCCCGACCCCCGCCCGGGUUCCAAGGGGCAACGGACACCAGGCCUUUCCACCUUCCACUCCUCCCAGCCAGUACGCAGUACUGCCAGGCAUGACACCGACACUGGGCGGUGGCAUAUUUGCCAAUAUCAGCACACCGAAUCAGCAAUUCAAUUUUGCAGAUUUCGUGAAUGUCACCCCUAGCCCAGCGCAACCAACCUGGGAUGGUCGCACCCCACGCAACCCUGCUCGCACGCCGCUCACCAGCAACCGAAAACGAUUGAACUUCGAUGCCCUGGUUCCUCCCAGCAAUUCCAGCCCUCGCAUUCGCAAGGAAACGGGGUUGGCGUUACAACUCGGCGGCGAAUUGCACCCAUGA